AUGGCCACCCCAGAGUCCGAAGCCAAGAAGUACCGCAAGCGCAGCGACUAUGGCUUCCAUCAAGUACACCAGACCCGAUGGUUCGACAACGACAUGUACGCGCACCUCAACAAUGCAGUAUACACACAUCUCUUUGACACAAUCGCGAACACGUACCUAAUCCAGCACUGCGGGAUGGACCCCUUCAGUGUAAACAACCCAACCCCGGCGCCGACUCACGGCCAACCCUCCAAUUUUCCCUCCCCAUCGAACCUAGCAACUGGCGCCGACCAAAUAGGUCUGAUUGUCUCGACACACGCCGAUUUCUUCGCCUCGGUGCGCUUCCCGGAUCUGCUAGAGGUCGGGUUGCGUGUUAAUAGGCUCAGCAAGUCUAGCGUUACGUGGGAAGUGGGUAUCUUCCGGGAGGGCGAGGAGGAUGUUAAGAUGGUUGGGACUUAUACGCAUGUUUUUGUGUUGAGGGAGACUAUGCGGGUUGGGAAGACGGGGAUGGAGGAGCGGACUAGACGGGGCUUAGAGAAGCUGCUUGUUAAACCCGAGGCCAAAUUGUGA